AUGCCACUGUCGCCAUCACCAUUACUUCCGUUACCACGAUCAAGGCCACCAUCACCAUCACGAUCACCACCACCCACCACCGCUACUGCCCCCACCACCAUUUCCACCACUGCCGGAAUUUUACUAUUUCUAUCGUCUCUUGAGAACAUUAACCUCUCCCUUUCUAUUCUACUUGUGAGUUGUGAGCGACAAAGAAGGCGUAUAGUUGAGGCAGAGUUUGAAGCGUCGCCAAUCGAAGCAGCGUUUCCGUUCCAUACUCCGUUUAUCGAUUUGCCGGAAAACAUGUCAGGAGUCAACAACGAUGAAGACAAGAAGCCUGGGACUGGUGAUCAAGGAGCUCACAUCAAUUUGAAAGUCAAAGGCCAGGAUGGAAAUGAAGUGUUCUUCAGAAUCAAAAGGAGCACACAACUGAAGAAGCUUAUGAAUGCUUACUGUGAUCGACAAUCUGUUGAGCUUAAUUCCAUUGCUUUCUUGUUUGAUGGGCGUCGUCUUCGAGGGGAGCAGACUCCUGAUGAGCUGGAAAUGGAGGAAGGUGAUGAGAUAGAUGCAAUGCUGCAUCAAACUGGAGGCAACUCUACCAACCUUUAAGACUUUUCUCAUGUUUUUUGUUCUAUCAUUCUAUGCUCUGUGUUAUGUUCUGUUUCUUGGUUUGUGAUACUUAAAUGUUUAAGGUCUUGAUUUCUGUCUCAUGUAAGGGUUAAAAAGUAAAAAACCCAUGGUUGUAGUGGCCUAAAUUUGUAUUAUGUUCAGUUUGAUAUAUGCUUUUGUGUUUGAAUUAAUUGUGGUUGUAUCUGCAAGACUAGAGUAAUCAUGUUUGCAAAUAGCAUCUAAGAAAAUCCUCAGUCAACUUUUAUGUGAGAAAAAUAGUUUUUAAUGUUCAUGCUACAAAGUAAGUUUUUUGUAACUUGGUACUUAUUUUGUAUCUGAGAUUUUUAUAUGAAUAUACACAUACUAUAAGG